GUCAACCAAGGUGCUGACGUUCUGGACAUCAACAUGGACGAUGGCCUGAUCGAGGGCGUGGGUGCCAUGACCCGCUUCGUCAACCUCCUGGUCUCUGACCCGGAAGUCAGCCGCGUGCCCUUCAUGAUCGACUCAUCCAAGUUCCACAUCGUGGAGGCGGGCCUCAAGUGCUGCCAGGGCAAGGUCAUAGUGAACUCCAUUUCGAUGAAAGAAGGAGAGGCCAAGUUCCGGGAGCAUGCCCGACUUGUGCGUCACCACGGGGCGGCCGUCGUGGUCAUGGCCUUUGACGAGGAGGGCCAGGCCGCUGGCUACCAGGACAAGAUUCGCAUCUGCAUGCGUGCCUACAAGAUCCUGGUGGAGGAGGUGGGCUUUGACCCGCAGGACAUCGUCUUCGACCCCAACAUCCUCACCGUGGGGACGGGCAUGGCGGAGCACAACAACUACGCCGUGGACUUCAUCCGCGCCACGCGCGAAAUCAAGCGCCUGUGCCCCGGCGCCAAGGUCAGCGGCGGCGUGUCCAACAUCGCCUUCUCCUUCCGCGGCAACGAGCCCGUGCGCCGCGCCUUCCACUCCGCCUUCCUGCACCACGCCUGCGCGGCGGGGAUGGACAUGGGCAUCGUGAAUGCCGCCCAGGUGAUUGCCGACAAGUAUGAGCUGCUGGACAAGGAGCUGCUGGAGCUGGUGGAGGACGUGCUGCUGAACCGCUGCGAGAAUGCCACUGAGCGCCUGCUGGACUAUGCGGCGCUGCUUGACCCCAAGAGCCACCCCACCGCGGUCAAGCGCAAGGGUCAGGUUGGGGGCGCGGCCGCUGCCGAGAAGAAGGCGAGUGGAUUGGACUCCUGGCGCGACCUGCCGGUGACCAAGCGCAUCGAGCACGCGCUGGUGAAGGGCAUCGACACCCACGUGGUGGCGGACACGGAGGAGUGCCGCACCUGCGGCGCCUACCCCUACCCCAUCCAGGUCAUAGAGGGCCCGCUGAUGGACGGCAUGAACGUGGUGGGCGACCUCUUCGGCGCGGGCAAGAUGUUCCUGCCCCAGGUCAUCAAGUCGGCGCGGGUGAUGAAGCGCGCGGUGGCACACCUCAUCCCCUACAUCGAGGAGGAGAAGGCGCGGAGCGGGAAGACCGGCAGCGACAACGCGGGUGUCGUCAUCAUGGCCACUGUGAAGGGGGACGUGCAUGACAUUGGCAAGAACAUUGUUGGCGUGGUUCUGGGCUGCAACAACUUCAAGGUCAUCGACCUGGGGGUUAUGGUGGCCUGGGAGAAGAUCCUGGACGCCGCGGUGGAGCACAACGCCGACGUGAUCGGCCUGUCGGGCCUCAUCACACCCUCUUUGGACGAGAUGGUCACGGUGGCCAAGCGCAUGGAGGAGCGCGGGCUGAAGCUGCCCCUGCUCAUCGGCGGCGCCACCACCUCCAAGAUGCACACGGCGGUGAAGAUCGAGCCCCAGUACUCGGGCCCCGUGGUCUACGUGCUAGACGCCUCGCGCUCCGUGCCCGUGGUCCAGUCGCUGCUUGACGUGCGGGCCAAGGCCGAGUUUGCCGUCGACGUCAGGGAGCAAUAUGCGGAGCUGCGCGACGAGUUCUACGCCGGGCUGGAGGACAGGCGGUACUUGACCCUGGCAGAGGCCCGCGCCGCCGCGCCCAAGGUGGACUGGGCCUCCGCGGAGAACGCGCCGCAUACGCCCUCUUUCACCGGGGUCAAGGCCUACGAGGACUUCCCGCUGGAGGAGGUGGUGCCCUACAUCGACUGGAACCCCUUCUUCCAGGUCUGGCAGCUGCGCGGCAGGUACCCCAACCGCGGCUACCCCAAGAUCUUCAAGGAUGAGGCGGUGGGGCCCGAGGCACGCAAGCUCUUCGAGGAGGCCCAGGCCAUGCUCAAGGACAUCAUCGACAACAAGAAGCUGCGCCUCGUUGGCGUGGUGGGCAUCUUCCACGCCAACUCGGCGGGCGAUGACAUCGAGGUGUAUGCCGGCGCCGACCGCGCGGAGAGGCUUGCCACGUUCUACGGGCUGCGCCAGCAGGCCGAGAAGGAGAAUGCCGACCCGUACUACUGCCUGUCCGACUUCAUCGCGCCCAAGAGCAGUGGGGUGAACGACUACCUGGGCCUGUUUGCCAACUCAGCCAUGGGCGUGGAGCCGCUGAUCGAGGCGUUCAAGGAGGCCGGCGACGACUACUCCUACAUCAUGAUGGAGGCCCUGGCCGACCGCCUGGCCGAGGCGUUUGCCGAGAAACUGCACGCCAUCGUGCGUCAGGAACUCUGGGGCUACGCCCCGGACGAGGACCUCAACGUGGACGACCUACUCAAGGUCAAGUACCAGGGGAUCCGACCGGCGCCGGGCUACCCCUCCCAGCCCGACCACACAGAGAAGCAGACCAUGUGGGACCUGAUGGACAUCGAGGCGAGGAUAGGGAUGGGGCUCACCGAGUCCUUCUCCAUGACCCCCGCCGCCUCGGUGUCGGGGCUGUACUUUGCCGGCGCGGCGUCUCAGUACUUUGCGGUGGGCAAGAUCUCCACCGACCAGGUCACCGACUACGCCACGCGCAAGGGCAUGCCGCAGCAGGAGGCGGAGCGCUGGCUGCGCUCCAUGCUCACCUACGAGCCCUGA